GUCUGCUGGGGCUGCAGCGGCCGGACCCGAAGGCGGGCGCCGGGAGCGCAGCAAGCCACGCGCGCCUCUCCAAGACCGUGACCUUGGCAUAGGGAGCGGGGUCUGCGCGCCGUCCUAAGAUCAGACCCGAGCCCAUCCUCGUGGAGACCCACGGCCGAGGGGCCGGAGCUGCGUCUGUACGAGGGAGCCCUGGCCGCGGCGCAGAAGCCAUCACAGGAGGCCUCUACAUGAUGUGGCUUCCAAAGGCUCAAGGACCACCUACGUUACAAGUCUGCAAUGAAGAAGACAGAAAUGGAGAUUCAAACACCACGUCUUCUAUUAUUUUAUUAAUCUAUCUGUAGACAUGUGUCCCCACUGCAGGGAGUGAACUGCUCCAAGGGAGAAACUUCGGGGAGCCUCCAAACUCCUAGCUGUCUUGUCCCUCGCCCUGGAGAGACGGCAGAACCAUGGCAUUUUAUAGCUGCUGCUGGGUCCUCUUGGCACUCACCUGGCACACCUCUGCCUAUGGGCCCGACCAGCGAGCCCAAAAGAAAGGGGACAUUAUCCUUGGGGGGCUCUUUCCUAUUCAUUUUGGAGUAGCAGCUAAAGAUCAAGAUCUCAAAUCAAGGCCGGAGUCUGUGGAAUGUAUCAGGUAUAAUUUCCGUGGGUUUCGCUGGUUACAGGCUAUGAUAUUUGCCAUAGAGGAGAUAAACAGCAGCCCAGCCCUUCUUCCCAACUUGACGCUGGGAUACAGGAUAUUUGACACUUGCAACACCGUUUCUAAGGCCUUGGAAGCCACCCUGAGUUUUGUUGCUCAAAACAAAAUUGAUUCUUUGAACCUUGAUGAGUUCUGCAACUGCUCAGAGCACAUUCCCUCUACGAUUGCUGUGGUGGGAGCAACUGGCUCAGGCGUCUCCACAGCAGUGGCAAAUCUGCUGGGGCUCUUCUACAUUCCCCAGGUCAGUUAUGCCUCCUCCAGCAGACUCCUCAGCAACAAGAAUCAAUUCAAGUCUUUCCUCCGAACCAUCCCCAAUGAUGAGCACCAGGCCACCGCCAUGGCAGACAUCAUCGAGUAUUUCCGCUGGAACUGGGUGGGCACAAUUGCAGCUGAUGAUGACUAUGGGCGGCCGGGGAUUGAGAAGUUCCGAGAGGAAGCUGAGGAAAGGGACAUCUGCAUCGACUUCAGUGAACUCAUCUCCCAGUACUCUGAUGAGGAAGAGAUCCAGCAUGUGGUGGAGGUGAUUCAAAAUUCCACGGCCAAAGUCAUCGUGGUUUUCUCCAGUGGCCCAGAUCUUGAGCCCCUCAUCAAGGAGAUUGUCCGGCGCAAUAUCACGGGCAAGAUCUGGCUGGCCAGCGAGGCCUGGGCCAGCUCCUCUCUGAUCGCCAUGCCUCAGUACUUCCACGUGGUUGGAGGCACCAUUGGAUUCGCUCUGAAGGCUGGGCAGAUCCCAGGCUUCCGGGAAUUCCUGAAGAAGGUCCAUCCCAGGAAGUCUGUCCACAAUGGUUUUGCCAAGGAGUUUUGGGAAGAAACAUUUAACUGCCACCUCCAGGAAGGUGCAAAAGGACCUUUACCUGUGGACACCUUUCUGAGAGGUCACGAAGAAAGUGGCGGCAGGUUUAGCAACAGCUCGACAGCCUUCCGACCCCUCUGUACAGGGGAUGAGAACAUCAGCAGUGUCGAGACCCCUUACAUAGAUUACACGCAUUUACGGAUAUCCUACAAUGUGUACUUAGCAGUCUACUCCAUUGCCCAUGCCUUGCAAGAUAUAUAUACCUGCUUACCUGGGAGAGGGCUCUUCACCAACGGCUCCUGUGCAGACAUCAAGAAAGUUGAGGCGUGGCAGGUCCUGAAGCACCUACGGCAUCUAAACUUUACAAACAAUAUGGGGGAGCAGGUGACCUUUGAUGAGUGUGGUGACCUGGUGGGGAACUAUUCCAUCAUCAACUGGCACCUCUCCCCGGAGGAUGGCUCCAUUGUGUUUAAGGAAGUCGGGUAUUACAACGUCUAUGCCAAGAAGGGAGAAAGACUCUUCAUCAACGAGGAGAAAAUCCUGUGGAGUGGGUUCUCCAGGGAGCCACUCACCUUUGUGCUGUCUGUCCUCCAGGUGCCCUUCUCCAACUGCAGCCGAGACUGCCUGGCAGGGACCAGGAAAGGGAUCAUUGAGGGGGAGCCCACCUGCUGCUUUGAGUGUGUGGAGUGUCCUGAUGGGGAGUAUAGCGAUGAGACAGAUGCCAGUGCCUGUAACAAGUGCCCUGAUGACUUCUGGUCCAAUGAGAACCACACCUCCUGCAUUGCCAAGGAGAUCGAGUUUCUGUCGUGGACGGAGCCCUUUGGGAUCGCACUCACCCUCUUUGCCGUGCUGGGCAUUUUCCUGACAGCCUUUGUGCUGGGUGUGUUUAUCAAGUUCCGCAACACGCCCAUUGUCAAGGCCACCAACCGAGAGCUCUCCUACCUCCUCCUCUUCUCCCUGCUCUGCUGCUUCUCCAGCUCCCUGUUCUUCAUCGGGGAGCCCCAGGACUGGACGUGCCGCCUGCGCCAGCCGGCCUUUGGCAUCAGCUUCGUACUCUGCAUCUCUUGCAUCCUGGUGAAAACCAACCGUGUCCUCCUGGUGUUUGAGGCCAAGAUCCCCACCAGCUUCCACCGCAAGUGGUGGGGGCUCAACCUGCAGUUCCUGCUGGUUUUCCUCUGCACCUUCAUGCAGAUUGUCAUCUGUGUGAUCUGGCUCUACACUGCACCCCCCUCAAGCUACCGCAACCACGAGCUGGAGGAUGAGAUCAUCUUCAUCACGUGCCACGAGGGCUCACUCAUGGCCCUGGGCUUCCUGAUCGGCUACACCUGCCUGCUGGCUGCCAUCUGCUUCUUCUUUGCCUUCAAGUCCCGGAAGCUGCCGGAGAACUUCAAUGAAGCCAAGUUCAUCACCUUCAGCAUGCUCAUCUUCUUCAUUGUCUGGAUCUCCUUCAUUCCAGCCUAUGCCAGCACCUACGGCAAGUUUGUCUCUGCCGUGGAGGUGAUUGCCAUCCUGGCAGCCAGCUUUGGCUUGCUGGCGUGCAUCUUCUUCAACAAGAUCUACAUCAUUCUCUUCAAGCCAUCCCGCAACACCAUCGAGGAGGUGCGUUGCAGCACCGCAGCUCACGCUUUCAAGGUGGCUGCCCGGGCCACGCUGCGCCGCAGCAACGUCUCCCGCAAGCGGUCCAGCAGCCUUGGAGGCUCCACUGGAUCCACCCCCUCCUCCUCCAUCAGCAGCAAGAGCAACAGCGAAGACCCAUUCCCACAGCCCGAGAGGCAGAAGCAGCAGCAGCCGCUGGCCCUAACCCAACAAGAGCAGCAGCAGCAGCCCCUGACCCUCCCACAGCAGCAACAAUCGCAGCAGCAGCCCAGAUGCAAGCAGAAGGUCAUCUUCGGCAGCGGCACGGUCACCUUCUCACUGAGCUUCGAUGAGCCUCAGAAGAACGCCAUGGCCCACAGGAAUUCUACGCACCAGAACUCCCUGGAGGCCCAGAAAAGCAGCGAUACGCUGACCCGACACCAGCCAUUACUCCCGCUGCAGUGCGGGGAAACGGACUCAGAUCUGACCGUCCAGGAAACAGGUCUGCAAGGACCUGUGGGUGGAGACCACCGGCCAGAGGUGGAGGACCCUGAAGAGUUGUCCCCAGCACUUGUAGUGUCCAGUUCACAGAGCUUUGUCAUCAGUGGUGGAGGCAGCACUGUUACAGAAAACGUAUUGAAUUCCUAAAAUGGAAGGAGAAGGCUGGUCUAGGGAGAAUGCAGAGAGGUUUCCUGGGGUCCCAGGGACGAGGAAUCCCCCCAGACUCCUUUCCUCUGAGGAAGAAGGGAUACUACACCCAUCAAAUGCCCCAAAUUUAGUCACACCAUUUUAAAUGACAGUGAAUUGACCAAUGUUCCCUUUAAAAUUAAAAAAAAGAAGAGCCUUGUGUUUCUGUGGUUGCAUUCGUCAAAGCAUUGAGAUCUCCACGGUCAGAUUUGCUGUUCACCCACAUCUAAUGUCUCUUCCUCUGUUCUGUCCCACCCAUCAGCUCAGAGAUGAAACCGUGGCUUUAAACUACCCUCCAGAGUGUGCAGAUUGAUGGGACAUCAAAUUUGCCACCACCAGAGCUGAGAGUCUGAAAGACAGAAUGUCACCAGUCCUGCCCAAUGCCUUGACAACCAACUGAACUUUAAAUGUUCACAACAUAAGGAGAGUGUAUCUCCUCCUAUUUAUGAAAACCAUAUGAUAUUUUGUCUCCUACCUGCUGCUGCUAUUGCGUAACAUCCAGAAGGUUUGCACCCCUCCUAUACCAUAUGUCUGGUUCUGUCCAGGACACAAUAGUGAUGCCAUGUUUAGAUUCCAGGAUCACAAGAAUCACCUCAAAUUGUUAGGAAGGGACUACCUAAACCAAUGAGCUGUAUCUGUAAUUAAUAUUCCUAUAUGUAGCUUUAUCCUUAGGAAAAUGCUUCUGUUGUAAUAGUCCAUGGACAAUAUAAACUGAAAAAUGUCAGUCUGGUUUAUAUAAGGCAGUAUUAUUGAGCUCUAUUUGCCCACCCCACUAUCCUCACUCCCAUAAGCUAAGCCUUAUGUGAGCCCCUUCAGGGACUCAAGGGUCCAGAAGUCCCUCCCAUCUCUACCCCAAAGAAUUCCUGAAGCCAGAUCCACCCUGUACCUGUGCAGAGUAAGUUCCUAAUUAUUGGCCUGCUAAUAGCUGCUAGGGUAGGAAAGCAUGGUUCCAAGAAGGAUCCACCCUCAAAUGUCAGAGCUAUGUUCCCUCCAGCAGUGGUGUUAAUACUGCCGGUCACCCAGGCUCUGGAGCCAGAGAGACAGACCGGGGUUCAAGCCAUGGCUUGGUCAUUUGCAAGCUGAGUGACUGUAGGCAGGGAACCUUAACCUCUCUAAGCCCCAGCUUCUUCAUCUUUAAAAUGAGGAUAAUCGUUCUUUCCCCUCAGAGCUCUUAUGUGGAUUAAAUGAGAUAAUGUAUAUAAAGUACUUUGGCCUGGUACCUAGCACACAAUAAGCAUUCAAUAAAUGUUAGUUAAUGUUAUUACUGAUACUGUAAUAUUUUUUUUUCCCUUCAAAUACAAAACAAAACAUACGUAUUAACCAUUCAGAUUGUACUGCCUAGCCCACUGAUCACAAUCACUUGCUCUGUAAUAAGCCCAAGAGCUCUGGGGCCCAACACAUGGGGUCAGCCCUAGUAACACUGGCUCAUGGUGAGGAAGCCAGAAAGCUGGUCAGCCCCUCAGGCGGCCCGAUGCCCUGUCUCCGCAGUGUCAGGGCCUGGACCUCCAGCAUCCGGGGAAGACCAUCACCAGUCUAGGAGGAGGUUCUAAGCUGAGGCCAAACCACUGCAAUUAAAUCUCCUGAAGCCUCAAAUUUUACAGCUCUUGGUGACUUCUUUCCCUGACCACUUUCUUCCAAAGGGGUGCCUUUCAGUGAUUUGUAGGGCAAAUCGGUUGACUUGAUAGUUGUUAAGAUUAUGGUGAGAAACCAUUAGAGGGCACCAUGUGGGAGCGCGACCGUAAGCAGAAGGUGGUGACUCAGGACGACCCAAGUGAGGUGCCUGCUCCCCAUCUAGGAAGGGCACCGGCCCCCACCCAGCCCGUGCCCCCCUGCAGUCAUGCCUCUGAGCAAGGCACCGAGCUGAGUGGAGAUUUAUAUUUAACAUUUUACUUGGUCUUAAAAAAAAUGCUGAAAAUGUGAUGGUUUCAAAAUAGCUGUCAGGGAACAGCCUCAACAGAAUGUGACAUACUUCUCCCUCCAGGGUUUGACUUAAAUGUCCACGUCACCCAAGGAGCUUUAGGAGGAAAACACAGGUUUACGGUGAGCUUUCAUUUCACCAAGCGCUUGCAAAUAAGGAGUCUCUCCCAAUGCUAUUGUCAGAAAGGCAGAUACAGCAACACUGUCCCAAUUUAUACGUAGCAGGCGCACCUCAGCACAAAAUCGGGGCGUGAAAUAUGAACUUGCAUGAUUUGUCUACAACAACUUAAUUUUUAUCUCAAAUUCCCCUCCAGCCUAGUGACAGAAACUUCAUCUUAGUCGAAUCAGGGUUUUCACAGUAACCUCAGUGUUUUCUGAGCCAAUUUAGAUGUUUGGGGAUCAAUUCAGACGUU